UCCCUGUUUCGGGUUUCAACUCCCCCUCCGCCUCAUAAUUUUCCACAUUUGGCACCAUGUCGUCCACUGUUAAGAGCCUCAAAGUCACCUAUAAUCCUAUCAAUGAGAAAAAUACGUUUACAAAUGGCGACCUGGUCUCCGGCCAGGUCACUCUGGAAGUAGCCAAAGACUGCGAGAUAGAGUCUCUGAUGAUCCAGUUCAAAGGGAAAGCCGAAGUGUUGUGGACAGAGAGGCACGGAAAAGUUACUGUUGUGUACCACUCCAAGGACAAGUACUUCAGCAUCAAACAUUACUUCGUCCGAGACAAAAAUGUCGAAGGUGAUGACAAUGAAACCCUGCUUACACAGCAGAAUGGAGAAACAUAUAGCAGUGUUGUUGCCCCAGGAGUCCAUGUUUAUCCCUUCACAUUUCAGAUCCCUUUCCAGAACAUGCCACCCUCUUUCACUGGAUCUGUUGGAAAAAUUACAUACUCGCUGAUAGCCAAACUGAGCAGAUCAAUGAGGAUUAGCAAGAAAGACAAAACCAGAAUCAACUUUGUGUCACGUACAGAUGCAAGCAGUAUCCCAGAGUUAAUGGCACCACAGCAUGAGUCCAAGGAUAAGAAAAUGAAGUUUUUCACAUCUGGAUCAGUAGCCAUGGAUGUGAAUCUUGAGAAAUCAGGUUUUCUCCCAGGAGAGGGAUUAAAAGUCCUUGCCUACAUUGAGAACAACUCAUCUCGGGAGAUCAAACCCAAGUACUGUGUGUACAGGAAGCACAGCUUUUUUGCAAAUGGGAAAAGAAGACUCUGUACCAAAGAUCUCCUGAAAGAAGUGGGGGACCCCAUUCCUCCUUCUACUUGCCUGAAUGUAUCACAAGUCAUCACCAUUCCCCAUGAUGCCGAGCCAUCCGUCUUCAACUGCAAUAUCAUCAAGGCAGAGUACAGACUCAGGGUCUACCUUGACAUCAAGUAUGCUUCAGACCCUGAGAUCAAAUUUCCCAUAGUCAUCCUGCCAGCUGCUGAGAUUCCUGCUGUGGCACCAGCACCUGCUGCCUCUGCCUUUGGAUACCAACCAUUUGGAAUCAUGAACCCACCAGCAUGGGGGACCGUACCACCACAACCACCAACAGCACCACAGCCUCUGGAUCCCCCCCCCCCCUACGGAUCGUAUGGAAUGUACCCACCUUUGAGUGAUUUUGGAAACAAAUAUUAGAGACCAAGAUAAUCUGUACGGCAAAUCUCUGAAGUGUGAGUAAUGCAUGUCCUCUCCUUCCUCUAUAAAGGCAUCACUCUGAUUUUAGUUUGGUAGGCCCUUUGCCUGGGAAAAACUGUUAAAUAAUGCAUUUUAUGGCUUGAAAAAGAGCUCAAGUCCAACUUAUUGGUGUGGAAAUGUCAUCAGGGUUAUUUCAGGUCAGGCUUGAGACAUGAAAUCUUACCCCAUGAGCCAAAUAAGGGCAUUUAAUAUCUAUGGAUGGUCUUAUGAAAGCUGCUGCUUAGUUACAUUAAGAAAACUAUAGUGUCCACCAUAGUUCAAGCAACAUUUCAGAAGAGCAUUUCCUGUCACCUUCAUUUGCAUUUACUUUAAAAACAAAUAAAAAUAUCUUGACUGAAUAACACAGUUUCAUCCAAAAUAACUUGAAACAGCCUAUUGUUUACAAUUCUGAAUAAGAUAUGCCUAAUUAGUUACUGUUUUUUUUUUAAACAAAUCUUACAAUAGCAUUAGAAUAAAACACAGUUGUCCAUCUCUUCAAUAGGCCUGUUUUCUCAGAAUUGUAAAUAAAUAUUUUUUGUAUUUUUUACAGUAAAGGGAUUGCUCUGAUAAUACCUAAAUAGUUUGAAAGAAUAUAUAUAAAUAUAUAGGAUGCUGUUUUUGUCUGUUUUUAACAAUUUGUAAAUAAAUAUAGCCACUUACGUCUAACACAUUUUUGUUACAGCUUACAAGUAAUUCAUGUACUACUGAUUUAAGUUUGAUAUUCUAGUACUUUUUCCUUAUAUUUCAUAAAAUAUUAUCUUGGGCAUUGAAAGUCCUACAUGUUAAGCCAUAUUUUAGUUGAAAUAUACGCUGCAUUUCAUGAUAUUACCUUACAUUUUCUUCAGCACUAUGUAUAAAGUUACAAAGGCCCUGUAUGCCUGCUGAGCUGCUAAAGUUGGUGCUAUAUAUGACUAAGUUUUCUUCCUGGAGUACACACAUAAUUGACAAGUGCCUUAUCAUCCUGCUUUAAAAGAACACAAGCUUUCCCUUUAAGGGUAGGUUAGUGUCUUAGAGUAUUUACAUUUAAAAUGACUGUAGGAAUGGGUGGAGAAUAUGUCAUACAGUGUCUUUGGUAAACAAUCUCGAUCCCACCAGUUUCCUGGAGUUCAUUUAGAAAAACAGAAAACAUGUUUUAAAGAACUGGUUGUUUAUAAAAGGUUAUAUUUUACUUUCUGUUGUUAUUAUGAAAUGAAUAAAGUAAGCAUGCAUCAGUUUA